AAAAUUGACAUCCAUGAAACACUGGGAGAAGUGUUACACCAUUGUCCUGUAGGUGGUGCUAAUUAAUCCUAUUGAUGAAGCGGAAAAAGACCAACCCGGAAAGGGACGUCCAAUCCACAUCACAUAACUCCGCAUUGUUCGACCGCUGUUAACAUUACGUUUUCAAAGCAGAUGUGUUGUGCUCCCACGUUACUCGAUUGAUUUAGUAAGUAGAAAAUUGAACAUAAGGAAUCGAUCGAAUCGUAACUCGAAGUUAGAGUUUGUGAAAACGAAGAAGAAACCGCGAAGAAGUCCUCCCGCAUCUCAUAACAAGCCGAAGAAGAAUAACCGGAAGUGUGCUUCAUCUCCCCGUAUUCUAUGACAACUUCGUUCUCGUUCUCGGAGGCUAUUGUUCGGUCGCUGGUAAUCUUACCUCGUUUAAACCAAAUGUGUUGCGCCGCCACGCGUCGAAAUGGAAGAAGACGAUGAGCGGCUGCGGCCCUUCGUGUUUCUCAUGACCUACAUGCUGCUGAAACGCCGCAGGGACGUAAACAAUGCGGACGCACAGCGGCGUAAUGAGAUCCAAAGACGACUGAGACAGCGACAGUACUUCUUCCAGAGGCAGAGGAGAAUGAUGAUGAUGAUGAUAGCAGGAGGCAUUCGCUCCAACGCUCGUAUACGCACACGCCCUUGGACCACCGUCCCCAGCACAGACUGGUGGGAGCGAGUGGUGAUGAUGGAAUUCCAGCCCUCCGACUGGCUGGACAAAUUCCGCAUGAGUCGGGAGACCUUCUUCUACAUUUGCGACAAGCUGCGCUCCCGCCUGACGCGUCAGGACACCAGCUUCCGCCUGGCGCUGCCCGUGGAGAAGCGCGUGGCGGUGGCGCUGUGGCGCCUGGCGUCCAAUGUGGAAUACCGCACCAUCAGUGCUCUGUUUGGUGUGGGCAAAUCCACCGUGUGUAAGUGCGUGCGGGACAUGUGUCACAGCAUCGUGGCGCUGCUGCGCACUGACUACCUGCGGCCCCCCUCCGAGCCAGAGCUGGAGGAGUCGGCACGCUUGUUCCUCUCCCAGUGGGGCUUCCCACAUUGUGUUGCUGCUGUGGCCACGUUACACACAGCCAUCAUCACGCCGUCCAGCAAUGCGUCCGACUACAUCAACCCCGCGGGCUGGCUCUCAGUGCUCUCUCAGGUGACAGUCAACGGUCAUGGGCAGAUCUGGGACAUGUGUGCCUGUUUCCCCGGUGGGAUAGAGCCAGCAGAGAUUUUGCAGAAAUCGUCACUGUGGACCACGGCAGCAGAGGGCGGACUGUCGCCGGUGCCGCCGUAUUGCUUCAUGGGAAGACAACUCAACUAUGUGAUAUUGGGUGAGCCGUGCUACCCACUCCAAAGCUGGCUACUGAAGCCCUACCCGGAGAAACGGGCUACGCGAGCCCACCCGGCGGCGCCAAGCGAGCGCCAAAACCUGUUCAACCGACGGCUGCGACGUGCCCGUUGUGUGGCCCAGGAGGCGCUGCUGCGGCUCAAGGCACGUUGGCAGUGUCUGAGCAAGCGCAACGAUUGUGGACUGGACGUGGUACCCGCAAUGAUACGGGCAUGCUGCAUUCUGCACAACGUGUGCGAAUCGCAUGGCGAUGCCUUCAAUGGCGAGUGGCUGGCUGAGGUGGCAGAGGCCGAGAGCCCGCAGCCCACCUAUGCUGAGGUCGACGGUGACCCAGACCAGAGUCAGGGCGAGGACGUGCGGCAGCUCUUCUGUGACUAUUUUCAACAGAACGACUGACUGAAAUGGACUCUUACAUGUGGAAGCUCUACUUAAAAAGAGCUACAUGGGUUCCCCCCCCCCCCCGACAUUUCCUAUUUUUCCUCCAUAGGGAACAUCUCAUGAAUAUUUAUCAGUGUUUUCUGAAGAAUUUUUAGAAUUUGUAAAAAAAAAAAAAAAAAAUUGGCGGGGGAAAAAUGAAACAACGGACCACUCAAAGUGCACUCUACAGGCCACUCCCAGUGGCCCAUCCCUGCUGUUAUGUUGGCAAAGGGCGCGUUGGAAAAAUUAGCAUCAAGAGUGUUCAUAAUUGUGGCACACAGGAUUUGAUGUGAAAGAUUUCUUAAUGUUUUCAAUAAUGUAAUUGUUUUAUUUAUUCCCACUGAAUAAAUGCACAUUGAUUAAA